AAGCAGAGCAGAGCAGAAAAAACAGAAGAGAAACCACAUUUCCUGAAUGCAGUAGCGGGGCGGGGGAAAUGAUUAUCUUUUUAUUUAUUUUUACCUGUGAUGUGAAGCAAACACGAGACAGAGCCUUGACCAGACACACGUUGGGCACAGGUAUCAGAAUGGAGGCUCUACUGUGGACCAGUGUGCUGGGACUCCUCUCCACUCCAGUCGGGGCUACAAGGGCAGACUCACCUGAGGUUUCCCAGAGCCCAAAUGCCAUUUCUCUCAUGAAGGUGAAUUCCACAGCUGAAAUACAAUGUAGAACCACUUUGGGAAAUACAACAGGGCUCUACUUGAAAAGACGGUUCUCUGAGGAAACGGAAGUGCUAUACAUAUCAACGCCUACUGGAAAAAUCACCAUCAACCGAUUAUACAAGCACAGGCUGUCUGUGGCAGGUGAAUGCUGUGACUACAUGUUACAGCUGUCCCAGCUGGGCGUGAAUGACACGGACGGUUACUACUGCUUGUGGAGCACACGUGACGUGGCAUCUCAGAAAGUGUUGAGAUACGAGAGCAGGGACACAAUCAUCAUCAUCCGAGAGAAGGACCCAAAAGACUGUAACAGAAUUCAUAGUCUGCAACACAUCUUGUUCAUUCUGAGCGUGACAACCAGCGCAGUUGUGGUCGGUAUCUUCCUUGGUGUACUGGUGUGGUGGUGCAAAAGUACCAAAAAAAGCUACAGGCCGACCCAGCCAAAUCAGGGGCAUCACCACCUCUGCCCCCAACACAGUAACCGACUGACGUAUUCCAAUAACUGAGUUACAUUUUUCCUAUCUUAUAAAUAUUACUUCAAACACAUGGUGGCUAGAUGACAGCUUUGUGCUUUUCUUUCUCAAAGUUUCAACAAAUUGAUGUCCUAUGUGCUGUUAAUUGUUCAGUAUUGUGUAAGACGUCUUAGCCACUGCUUAUGUCAUGUAGGGUUAUUAUCUCCAGAAUGGCAAUUUCAGUACCUCAUUUAAUAGUGUGUGGGAUGCGUGUCGUUAUACUUUGUUUUGUGUGCGUCAGUCACCUCAAAUAUCAGAAAUCAAUGUCAGCAAAAGUCUGUCAUUUCUCAAAAAACGUUCACCACAUCCUGGUCCACCAUGCUCAGUGGCUUAUCUGUAGGAAAAUACAUUUUGUGCUGUGAAAGUGUGCUGAGUGUAGCUGAACAGAAAACAUCUUCUGGAAUGUCUUCUGAGCUUUAGCAAGAUUUAAAGUGAAGGAAGAGGGCCCACAUCUCAUUUUAUUUUUAACUAAAAAUCAAACAAUACAAUAACAACAUAAACAAGAGAAAGCUAUGCUUCUCCCUGAAUGUUAGGCCCUCUCGUAGGUAGAGAGGCUAAUAGUUUGACUGACUGAAGAAAUUUUAUGAUAAAGCCAAAUCAUGAUCAUCUGAACCUUUUUUUUUUUUUCUACGCACAUGCUCAGCAAGUUUAUAUGUUUUCUUGUACAAAUAAAAUGUCACAUUGUCCUUCAAAA